AUGGUUCAUAUUUUUAUAGAUUUACAUACGCAUACAGCAGGACCAACCCAGGAUAAUAAGGCGAUCAAUGCCGCUCGUCCUCAUCCGAAUGCGAAUCCUGCCUGCGUUGGUCGCACGUCCGUCCCGUCCGAGCGUGCAUUGUCCCCGUUCACCCUCCGUUCUUCAACUGACCCAUCCCUCUCCGUUAGGUAUAAAAGCGGCUUGUCUUUCCGCUCUUCGUCCCGCAGCCCAAGCCAGGGAAUAGCGCGCCCCGGCUCUCGCUCUCACCGCCAGCCGACACGUCCUCUGGACCCAUUCUUCCAAGACACGCCCAUUGCGAACUACGACUCGGACGUGCCCGCCCGGGAGGGUUUAAGUCCCACAUAG